AUGUUUUUAUUUUUAUUCUUUACUUCUUGCAUUGCUAAAUACAUUUUUACUAAGGAACAUAGAUAAGUUCUUGGAUAGAUUAUAAUUUAAACAUAAUCAACAUUCUAAGAACAGAUCUUACUAGAUGAAAAAUUAGUAAUAUCGCUAACAAAUUACAAUUAAUAAAGAGCACCAUUAUUGAUAAUUUGCAAUGCAAACAUUACUUUCUCUUAAAUACCUGAUCUAAUAACUAUUCAAAGGUAAUUAAGUUAAAUUAUCUAUAGAUAAAAUUGUAUUGCUGACUUAAAUUCGUAUGAUUUAAAGAGAGUUAAGUAGCAAAUAAUUGUUGAGUAUAAAGAAGAAUAAAAGAGUUUUAUGAAUAUUAUUAUGUAAGAGAAGGAUAAGAUACCUUUUAUAAUGGUUUACUCAGAAGAAAAAAUGGAUUUUGACAUAAAUAUUCGAACUGAGAAAAAGUCAUCAUGCUUAUGGUAUAAAUAACUUAUUCAAAUUUAUUAGGGAAUGUAAGUAAAGUAGUAGUUGUAUUAAAGGUUAAUGUGCUUGUCAAGAAGGUUUCUUCGGGGAUGAUUGUAGCAUCAAUAUAUUACAAUUUUUAUCAAACGAUAAUUAUGAACAAGACAUAAUUUAUUAUAUCAAUGUUGUUAAAUCAGAAGUAAUAUAUUUCAUUGAUUUUAGGUUAUAUAAAUGAAUUUUACUGACAAAUCUAAUUUUUUAUUGUAUUGUUUAGCUUUUAAUCCUUAUAUUUAUCGAGGGAAGUUUUUUGUAAAAAAUUAUAUGGAACUUACUCAUUAAUAAUAAAUCGAUUGUAUAAAUGAAACAUAAAAGAUCAACAAAUAAUUUACUGUAUAAUUGCAGCCAUUAUAUUUGUUUAUAGCAUAAAAUUACACUAUAUACAAAUAUACUGAUGAUGAGAUAUUGGAUUAAUAUUCCAUCAUAUAUAUAAUAGUAUCAAUUGGAAUCUUUCUGCUAUUUUCUGUUGUUUAUUGUUGCUUUAAGUUUAGAAAAUAACCCAAAAGAAUGGAUAAUCUGAAUGAUGUAUAAAUUCAAAACUUUUAAAAAUGGACAUCAGAAAAAUUAAUUAAAAAAUUUUUGCCAAUAUAAUUAUAUGAUGAAUUAAUCAAAUAGUUUCCUGGACUUCUAGAUGAUGAUAUAUGUUAAAUUUGUUUAGAUUAAUACAAAAAGGAGGAUUAAGUCAGGGUAACUUAAUGUACUCAUUUUUUUCAUGUAGAAUGUAUUGAUUUAUGGAUAGAGAAAAAUGAAGUAAUAUUAUAAUAAUAAAUAUAUAAGAUUUGUCCAACAUGUCGAUCUUGCUUAAAUAUCGAAACAACAAAUAAAAUUACCCAAACAUGUUAAGAUAAUUGUAAUCAAUAAUUGAUUACUUGUUCUAAACAAAUAAUCUAUGAAUAAUCACAAAAUAACAUUAGACUUUAUGGAUUUAAAUAAUCCUGUCAUCCAACAAUUCCUAAAUAGACAUUAUGA